AUGUCGGACAUAACUUUUGUUUUGGGAUUUGCUUUAACUGUUUUCAUGACAGUUUUAUUCUUACAAUGGCUUCUUCAAAAUAAAGAAAAGAGUUAUCCAAAAGGGCCUGUUGGGUUUCCAAUUGUUGGACACCUUCCACUGUUUGGAAAAUACCCACCGAAAACGUUCCUAAAAUGGUGGAAUUCUUUUGGUGACGUGUUUUCUAUCAGACUUGGAAGCUGGAACACUGUAGUUGUCAAUGGUUAUGAUGCAGUGAAGGCGGCUGCCGAACAUCCUGACGACGCAUUUAGCGGAAGACCACAUUUUCUGUCCAUGGAAAUCUUGAGCGAACGUACCAAAGAAGAUAGACUCGCUUUUGGUAAUUUUUCACCAGUUUAUCUUAAACAAAGAAAGUUGACCUCUAAAGCUUUACGUAUGUUUACAUCCAAGCGAUCCGAAGUAAUUGAAGAAUAA